AUGUCCAAUAAUCUGUUUGAUGGCCAUAUUCCUUCUUUUGGUGGUAUUAGAUCUUUAUUAGUCUUAGACUUAUCAAACAAUCACUUGUCUGGAGGCAUAUCGGGAGAUCUUGCCAUGGGUCUCUCCUCCUUGAAGGUCCUCAAACUAUCAAAUAAUUCCUUGCAUGGUCGAAUAUUUGCCAUUAUUUUCAACCUGACCAGUUUGGUAUUUUGGUACUUGAACAACAACUACUUUCUUGGAAAGAUACCAGAUUGCUUCUCUAAUGCCUCAUUUUUGGAGGGUGUGGAUAUUAGAAACAACCAUUUGUCUGGCGUACUUCCACAAUGGAUAGGGAAUAAGUCAUAUUUGGAGGAAAUAUAUUUGGCCAAAAAUCAGCUUGAAGGUCCCGUUCCAAUUGUGAAUAGUCUUUCAGGUUCUAUUCCUCGUUGCCUAACUAACUUGACUUUUGAGUCAAACUAUGCCAAAUCUGUUACAGGUUCGAAAUAUGAUUUAUUCCCCCCAGGAAUAAGUCAAUUCUCAUUGUAUUCAUCUUAUUUUGAAUCAAUAAGAUUGCCGAAUGUCAAAGAAAAGGUCGAGUUCCCUACAAAGGGCUGGUCCUAUUCCUAUGACGGCAACAUCCUCAUUUUUAUGUCAGGAAUUGAUUUCUCCUGCAACCAAUUAACAGGUAAAAUACCAUCCAAAAUGGGGAACUUAAGUGAGCUCCAUUCAUUGAAUGUGUCUCAUAAUAAUCUCACUGGAUCAAUACCAACAACAUUCUCCAACUUAAGGCAUAUUGGGAGCUUAGAUCUUUCCUAUACCAACCUGAAUGGGAGUAUCCCCUCUGAACUGACUGAGUUGAACACUUUAGUGGUCUGCAGUGUAGCACACAACAACUUAACAGGUAAAACUCCAGAUUUCAAAGCUCAAUUUGCUACCUUCAAUGAGAUUAGCUACGAGGGAAAUCCUCAUCUGUGGACCUCCAUCACAUAG